AUGAUGAAGCUGAAGCAGCGCUUCAACGCCACGCGGUUCGACUUCCAGCUGCACGUGCACACGCUGCAGCCGUGGCCGUCCGGCAACAAGGCCAUCGCGAUCGGCUGGCAGCGCGGCAAGCGGCGGCGCGGCGCGACGAACUCGAUCAUGCCAGUGCCCAGCUCCGAGCGCGGCGGCAGCACCGUGGUGCGCUUCAACGAGCGCAUCAACUUCAAGUCGACGCUGUACAAGACGCCCGGCGCGGCCGAGCGCGGCGGGCAGCUUGGGCCGUUCAAGCGCAAGUGCGUGAUCCUGGCCAUCCUAGAGACCGACGGCCGCACGCACGCGACGGCCGCGCUGGGGCGCGUGGUCAUAGACCUGUCUGAAUUCGCGUCCAUCGACGGCCAGGAGCUGCGGACGUUCACGGUGGCAUGCAAUAAGGCGAUCCAAGCGGCAGUCGGGGAGCCGCAGCUGACCAUCACACUCCGCUGCCGCUGGAAGAAGGCGGGCGCUGACUUCACUGAGGAUGAGGCGGCCUCGAUGUCUACUGACCAGUCGGGCUCCAGCCUGGGCGGGAACAUAAAGUGGGUGGCGGGGUCGCGCUGA